AUGAAGACUCCCAAAGAGACGAGAUCCGCGCAGCAUGUGACCACCGCAUACGCUCUUCUCUUUAGCUCCAGGACAGACGUUCAGACCGAGAGAGAGGCCGCACACUCCCGGAGAACCGCUCACCGAUCACGGCUGCUUUUGGCACAUGUCUGCGUCCGCGCUACUCUUUUUCUCCGGAGUUUGUCUGUCAUCGUAAACUUUUCUUAUAGACGUCAGAAGUGGAUCAUCCUCAAAAUUGAUAUUCCUACUGAAAAGAUCUGGGGCUGUGCAGCCAUGCUGAUGUAUGAUUAUCCCUUGAAAGCAGACAUGGAGACGUCGUUCUACUCGCCAUAUCCAGAGGCGUACAGAGUGAUCCUUCCCCCGUCCCACCUCUACCCCUCGGCCCUGUCCUUCCCCUCUCACUGCCCCCUCAGCGCCACCCAGCUGGAGCCAGUCGACCUGUCCCUCACCAAGCGCUCCUCCACCUCCUCCUCCACCACCUCCCUGUCCCCGCCCUGCUCCUCCUCCCCCGUGUCCACCCGCAGUUCUCCCUCCCCCCGUUGUUCGCCCAUGCGCUCCUCGCCGCCACACCUGCCCCCGCCCGCGCUGUCCUACUCCGCCAUGGUGGGUCCUCUCCUGGGGGGCGGGCCAGGUGUGAUGGUAUCUCCGGUCAUGCUGCCGCUGUCUGUCCUGUUGCCCCCUCCCCUGCACCUGCACCACUCUCUCUUGGUGAGCCCGCCCCUGGCCACGGAGGAGCAAACAGCACAUUUUAAGAAGCCCUUGGAGCUGCGAGGAGACACCUCAGACUUACACAAGCCCAUCAAAACGGAGCCUCGCCCAGAGAUAAGCCAUGACCCGAUCAGCGUCCAUGACAAGAAACCACCGUCCCUCCGGAUACCGCAGGAGUAUGAGGGGAACAGCCAAUCUGUAAUAGUCCAUUCUCGCACACAACAUCCCUUUCCACCCGAUUCGCCGGAUUCACUCAAGAAGCGACGCAUUCACCGCUGUGACUUCUCAGGCUGUGAUAAGAUCUACACCAAAAGCUCCCAUCUCAAAGCCCAUCGCAGAACCCACACAGGAGAAAAGCCAUACAAGUGCAUGUGGGAGGGCUGCACGUGGAAAUUUGCCCGGUCUGAUGAGCUCACAAGGCAUUUCCGAAAACACACAGGAGUCAAACCUUUCCAAUGUCCGGACUGUGAACGCAGCUUCUCCCGGUCUGACCACUUAGCGUUGCACAAGAAGCGGCACCUGUCGUUGUGA